UUCUUUUUCUUUGUUGCGUUUUUGUAUCUGUCUCUCUCUUUAAUUUUGUUGGGAGCAAAAUCUACACGCUGUCAGCUUCUGGGUUUGCGGGGACAGAGAGAGAAGAGCGUUUAUUCGCGUCCGGGUAUAAUCUAUAAACCAAUCAACCUAAUCUAAUUCUCAUCUAAUCUUAAUCUCAUCUGAUAAUGAGAGGGGAAAUAGAAUUAAGAAAGAAGAGAAAUGUGAGGAGUGGGUUUUUGCGGCUUCACCAAUUCCGGCAAACCCUUUCCUCACUGCUACUAUAGCAGCUUAUCUCCUUCAUUCUGCAAGUAAAGAGCUACUGUUGCUACUCAAACUCCUAUUACCAGCAACCUUUUUGUCAAAGUUUGUAAUGGGCUCCGAACAGAACAGGUUCCCUCAGCAGGAACGGGAUAAGAGAUGGGGAGGAUGCUGGGGUGCAUUUUCUUGUUUUGGCUCGCAGAAGGGUGGAAAACGUAUUGUGCCUGCAUCUCGUAUUCCAGAUGGUAAUGCAACAGCAGUGCAGCCAAAUGGACAACAAGCUGGUGGCCUGACCAACCAACCUCCGGCACUACCUCCAUCACUUUUAGCUCCACCUUCUUCACCAGCGUCGUUUACUAAUUCAGCUCUCCCUUCUACGGCUCAGUCACCUAGUUGCUUCUUGUCUUUAUCAGCCAGCUCGCCUGGUGGUCCUUCAUCGACAAUGUUUGUCACUGGGCCAUAUGCCCAUGAAACACAACUAGUUUCUCCUCCUGUCUUCUCAACCUUCACAACUGAGCCAUCUACUGCUCCUCUUACUCCCCCACCUGAGUUAGCUCACUUAACUACACCCUCUUCCCCAGAUGUGCCUUUUGCUCAAUUCCUCUCAUCUUCUACAAAUCUCAAAAACACUGAGAAGACCAAUUACAUUGCUGCUGCUGAUCUUCAAGCUACAUAUUCACUUUAUCCUGGCAGCCCUGCCAGCAGUCUCAUUUCACCAAUUUCUAGGACCUCAGGUGACUGCUUAUCAUCAUCCUUUCAUGAACGAGAGUUCCCUCCUCAAUGGGAUCCUUCAGUCUCUCCCCAAAAUGGAAGAUAUUCAAGGAGUGGUUCUGGCAGUCUCUUUGGGCAUGACACAUCUAAUGCCUCCUUGGUAUCUCAAGAUACAAAUUUCUUCUGUCCUGCCACAUUUGCACGAUAUUAUCUGGACCAUAAUCCACCAUUUCCUCAUACUGGUGGGAGGUUAAGUGUUUCCAAGGAUUCAGAUGUUUAUCCUGCUGGGGGAAAUGGCCACCAAAAUAGGCACAAUAGAAGUCCCAAGCAAGAUGUGGAAGAAUUAGAGGCUUACAGAGCAUCCUUUGGGUUCAGUGCUGAUGAAAUUAUCACAACUCAACAAUAUGUAGAAAUUUCUGAUGUUAUGGACGACUCAUUUACCAUGACUCCUUUUACUUCAAAUCAACCUAAUCAAGAAGAAAGUGUUGAAGCUGCAUCUAAGGGUGAAAGCCAAAAGGCACAAACAACACAGAUGAACUUGCCGAGCCUUAAAUUGAAAUCAGAUACUAUAUGUAGUGAAGUGCCAUUCUCAUGUGACAGGCUUGAAGAUCCUAAAUCAAGAAAGCAGGUUGGAGAUGUCUCUGCAUCAAGCACACCUGGUAUCCAUGCUUUGAAAGAUGAUGAUGGAAUAUUUUUAAAGAUGACAUCCUCUAAAAUCAGUAGGAAAUAUGAUCUUGGACCAUCCUGCUCUGAUGCAGAAAUUGAUUACAGGAGGGGAAGAAGCUUAAGAGAAGGCAAAGGAGAUUUUGCAUGGCAUGAUUAAAUUAGAGAAAAAGCAAGUUCUCAGUUGUGUCCAAUGUAUUAAGUCGCUGUUUUCCAUCAUAUUCUUCUGUUUGGAUUUAUCGAUGAUAGGUGGAUGAUCUAACAUGUGAUCUAACGUGUCUUUCGUCCUUUCCUGCUCUUUCAGGUUUGUGGCCUGAUAUCCCUGAUUGAUGAGUGUAUUCCCCGUGUUCCUAACUUCCCACUUUCUUAUAAGUUACAUAUAAAUAUAUAUGUAUGUGAUGCAUCUACUUAUAAAUAUUAUGUGCAAAAUGAAAUUUUUGGAGAUAUAAUAUAUAACGUCUUUGGCCAAAUCAUUUAGCUA